AUGAAGUUCUUAUGUCUACACGGUGCCAUUGGCAACAUCGAUAAUAUUAACAUCCAGCUUGGUCCGUUGGUGAAGCAGAUGGCCAUAGACGGUUUCGCCUCAUUCCACUAUAUCAACGGUCCUGUUUCUGUAUCUCCACCAGCAGGGUUCGCGGAGUAUUUUGGUAUCGGGCCACAUUACCGGUGGAUGGAAGAUGGAGGAGUAGCAGAGGAAUCAUUGAUCUCCCGUGUUCGAAACGCCCCGCAUGGUUCCUGUCCCGAGGAUAUGAUGAGAACUUUAAACAAGGACUGGAAUGGUCGUUGGAAAAAUCACCACCAAGUCAUGGAGUACCUCUACGACACACUGGAGAAGAAUCCCGAUAUCGAAGGCAUUGUCGGAUAUAGCGAAGGUGCUAUCAUGGCUGCGAGUCUAAUCAUAGAUGAGGACAGAAAGGCUCAGGAUACCGGUCGUCCUCGGCGCAUCAAAUGCGCAGUUUUCUUCACCGGGUGGCCUCCUCUUUCUCCCGAGGAGGAAGUGGUCCUGUCAGAUGAGAGCGACUAUAUUCUGGACAUUCCAACGCUUCAUGUGGUUGGUGCAGAUGACCCCUACCGAUACGGUGCACUAGCCUUAUUCAACAUUUGUGAUCCUGAUACCGCAGUGAUGUUUGAUACUGGACGGGGCCACACCAUUCCUCGAUCCGGUCCGGUUAUUACAGAGCUAGGAAAUGCCAUGCGAGACUUAAUUGAUAGAGUGUAUCCAGCGUAA